AUGGCUGAACGAAUCAGGAUCCUUGAAAACCGUGUUGCGGAAGCGAUCUCGCCCAACGGCCCAAACGCCGAGGUAAACACGCGCGAGCAAACCGCCGUGGUGGACUGGAAUGCUGGUCGUGUCUUGGACGGUGCGACUCGACCGGACGAUCCUAUUGGGCCACAGGGUUAUGAUGAGAAUGAUGUGAAUCUCGUACCAGCUCUCAUGACCUUGACCCGGGGGAGGACUCGACAAGAUGGGACGAACUCAGGCGGCGGUACGGUUUCGAUCGCUGAACGCUACCGAGCAAUGAUGGACCCGUUUGGGGCACUCCCGAGGCAACACACCGAUACGCAUGCCACCCCGCCCCAGGGCAACAGUGGUAAUCAUUCACCUGAUGAAGUACUCGUGGAUCAAGGACAGGGUAGCUCCCCUGGUUCGAGUGCAAGAGCCCCUAGAUCUCUUGGGGGGGCUAUGCGCGCGGAUGAUCAAGAUAUGGAGAUGGGUCCUGCAUAA